CGACAAAAUAUUCACAAUGCUUUAAGCGGCCUGGUGGAAAACUUCUCGCGCGAAGUCACUUCCACAACUCGAGCGACACUCACAACUGAAUUGACCAUCAUCUACAACAAUCACAUUUGCGGAAAGUGAAAAGAUGGCGACUGCCAACGGUACAGCUGAUGGCGUUUCCAACAUCACAGAAGGAGUGGAUUCACUUUCACUUGAUGUGACAAAACUUUCUCCUUUGAGUCCUGAAGUGAUUUCUAGACAAGCAACGAUUAACAUUGGUACGAUUGGACAUGUGGCACACGGAAAAUCAACAGUUGUAAAAGCUAUCUCUGGAGUACAAACAGUUCGUUUCAAGAAUGAAUUGGUAAGAAAUAUUACCAUCAAAUUGGGUUAUGCGAAUGCAAAGAUUUAUAAAUGCGAUAAUGAACAAUGUCCAAGACCGGGAUGCUACAAAUCCUAUCCUUCUGGAAAGGAAGAUACACCUCCUUGUGAACGAUCUGGAUGCGGUGGAACGAUGCGAUUGCUACGACAUGUCUCUUUCGUUGAUUGUCCAGGUCACGACAUUUUGAUGGCUACCAUGUUAAACGGUGCAGCUGUGAUGGACGCAGCACUCUUGUUGAUCGCCGGAAACGAAUCUUGUCCUCAACCUCAAACAUCAGAACAUUUGGCAGCAGUUGAAAUUAUGAAACUACGCGAUAUCAUCAUUUUACAGAACAAGGUCGAUCUAAUUCGCGAAAAUGCUGCUGAAGAACACUGGCAAAGUAUCGUCAAAUUCGUAAAGGGUACAGUGGCUGAUGGAGCACCAAUCGUACCAAUUUCUGCUCAAUUGAAGUACAACAUCGAUGCAGUGAACGAAUACAUUGUCAAAAGAGUUCCAAUUCCCGUUCGAGAUUUCACCACUUCGCCUAGACUGAUCGUCAUUCGUUCUUUCGACGUCAAUAAGCCAGGAGCUGAAGUGGCUGAUCUGAAGGGUGGUGUUGCUGGUGGUUCGAUUUUGAGCGGUGUUCUACGGUUAGGACAAGAGAUUGAAGUUCGUCCAGGAUUGGUCACAAAGGAUAACGAAGGAAAGACACACUGCAAGCCAAUUUACUCAAAGAUUGCAUCCCUAUUCGCCGAGCAUAACGAUUUGAAAUUCGCCGUUCCAGGUGGUUUGAUCGGUGUGGGAACAAAGAUUGAUCCUACCCUAUGUCGUGCUGAUAGAUUGGUCGGUCAAGUUUUGGGUGAAGUCGGAAAGCUACCACUUAUUUACGUUGAAUUGGAGAUCAACUACUUCUUAUUACGGAGAUUGUUGGGUGUUGCAUCUGGUGACAAGAAACAAACAAAGGUGCAAAAAUUGGCAAAGAAUGAAGUUUUGAUGGUUAACAUUGGUUCAACUUCUACCGGUGGUCGUGUGAUGUCAGUCAAAGCAGAUUUGGCAAAGAUUUUCCUCACUUCACCUGCUUGCACAGAAAUUGGUGAAAAGAUUGCAUUGAGCAGACGUGUGGAUAGACAUUGGCGUUUGGUUGGAUGGGGUACAGUGCGUGCGGGAACGACUGUUGAAGUGGACAAAUAAAGGACUUUCUAUAGGAUAUGGAUCGUCAACAACCAAAAAAGAUGACGAG